AUGGCACCAGCUGGAACUUUGUGGACCACCGAUUACCAGGCGAAGGGCAAGAUCAUCAAGGCCGUCGCUGCCUUGAGCGGUGUUGAGAUCGCCCUCCCUGCUGCCUAUGAGCACAUGGUUGACAACAAGAAGCCUGAGUUCUUGUCCAAGUUCCCUCAUGGCAAGAUUCCUGCCUGGGAAAGCGCCAACGGCUUCAAGCUCUUCGAGGGCACCGUUAUUGCUCGUUACCUUGCCAGUGUUGCCCCCAACUCUGGACUGCUCGGAGGAUCCCCUGAGGAUGCCGCUCUCGUCGACCAAUGGAUUCACUUGACGGAAGCUGAGGUCGAUACUUUCACCGAUCUCAUCCGUGGCCUUUGCGUCGGCCUCUACCCUUACAACAAGGCUACCCAUACCACCCUUGUUGAACGCCAAACUCGCACCUUGAACACCCUCGAAGCCCAUCUUGCCACCCGUACCUUCUUUGUUGGUGAACGCAUUACCCUUGCUGACCUUACCGUUGCUGGCCUCGUUCAAAAAGCCGUUGGAAUCACCAUUGAUGCUGCCCUUCGCGCCAAACUCCCUAACCUUAUCCGCCAUCUCGAGACCAUCGUCAACCAGCCCAAACUUAAGGCUGUCUUCGGCGAGACCAGUUACGUUGACAAGGCCAUCCAAUUCACUCCUCCCGCUAAGGAAAAGAAAGAGGCCAAGCCUGCUGCUGCUCCUGCUCCCAAGGCUGAGAAGAAGCCAAAGGCCAAAGAGGACGAUGAUGAGGAUGACAAUCUUGUCCCAGCCGAACCCAAAGUCAAGAACCCCCUUGACGACCUCCCUAAGUCUUCCUUCAACCUUGAGGACUGGAAACGCGCGUACUCCAACAAGGAAACCCGCGGUGCCGGUGGUUCUAUCGAAUGGUUCUACGAGAACUUCGACUACGAUGGUUUCUCAGUCUGGAGGGUUGACUUCAAGUACAACGAUGAACUGACCCAGACUUUCAUGUCUUCCAACCAGAUUGGCGGCUUCUUCAACCGCCUCGAGGCUUCCCGCAAGUAUGUCUUCGGAUCCCUCGGUGUUCUUGGUACCACUGGCGACUCUGCCAUCUCUGGCAUCAUCAUCGCUCGUGGACAGGACAUCAUCCCUGUCAUCAACGUUGCUCCCGAUUACGAGUCCUACUCGUACACCAAGCUCGACGUGAAAAACUCCCCUGCUGACAAGGCCUUCUUCGAGGCUGCCCUUGCCUGGGAUCUCGAAAUCGAUGGCAAGAAGUGGGUUGAUGGCAAGAACUUGAAGUAA